UCCUCUAUUUCACACUCUCUCCUCACCUUUUUCUCUUUCUUUUUUUUUUUCUGCUAUGGAUACUGCUAAGUGGCAACAGGGAAUUGAAAGAAAGCCAAUUAGGCCACAAAAAGAUUGUCCAAGAUGCAAUUCUUCUAACACAAAAUUCUGUUAUUACAACAAUUAUAGUUUGUCUCAGCCAAGACACUUUUGUAAGACUUGUAGAAGGUACUGGACUGAAGGGGGUAUUUUAAGGAAUAUUCCGGUGGGUGGCAAUUCACGAAAGACCAAGAAACCGUCGUCGUCAUCAUCAAAGAAGCUUCCUGCAGAUCCAAGCUUAUCUCAGCCUUCUGAUCAAAACCACGAGGGACAGAAUCUGAAUUUAACUUAUCCAUUCACCAAUAGAGUUCCUGGAUUUGUUGAUUUACCUUGCAGAGAUGACAGUAAAACCCUAAAUUCCCCAAACCCUAAUUUUUCUUCCUUAUCAUCUUACAAUCCAGUGAUGGAAUUUCUCACAUCCAGGGAAUUGAUCAGUUCUAAUCUUAUGUCCAUGCCAGUUUCGGGUUCGGGUUCUAACACACUGUAUCCAUCAUCUGGAUUUCCUCUGCAUGGACUCAGAUUGCCAAGCCUUAAUCUUUCCUCAGAUGGGCUUGAAGAUGGUUAUGGAAAUCUGGGAGGUAGUUCUCAAAAUACAAACCCUAAAUUCCCUUUCCCUAUUGAGGAUUCGAUGUCCGAAUUCUAGCAGGAUAGAGGGCAAGGAGAAUCCAUCAACGGUCCAUACUGGAACAAAAUGCUGGGUGGAGGAUCAUGGUGAAUAAUCUGCAGAUCUUAACCAAUUUCAGUUUCUUGUUAUUAUUGAUUUCUUUUAUUUAGCCUGAUUUGUCCAACCAUAUCAGAUCAUGUUUGGUAAGUUGAAUUGGACAUGGUUGGACAGUAGUCUUGUCCUAUCCAAGGUACGAAACAUGCUAUCCAUGUAUAUAUAUUCCAGAAGCUUUCUUUUUGGUAGAUUGUUUAAAACACUAAUGAUAAAAUGUUGUCUAAACCUAGCUAGAGGAUGAUGCUUGUUGAACUUUUGCUUUAGUUCAAGUUUGAUUUAUGUGGUAAAAUUUGAUCUUACUUUUGAGUGCAGAAUCCAGAGUUUUGCUUAAUUUAUACAUUA